CUCUCUCUCUCUCUCUGUCGCUUUCUCUCCCUCUCUCAAUCAACGCGGCUACUGCCACGAGAGCCAAGAGUUGCCGUUUCUGCGCACCGAUGCCAAAACGCGCGAGGGGAGUCAGUGCCAAAGGGUCAUUGUAGCGCGCCACUGCUGAGAUGGAAGGACUGUAGGGAAUCCUAAACUAAAGAGCCACCAUUUGAACCCAGAUGAUAUAAUUAUAUCAUUAAAAUUAAAGAAAAGGAGAGGAGUUAAAUAGGUGACAACAUCCAUCACUGGUGGAGUGCUCCGUAGGCUACUUAAUCUGUCACCGCGGUCGCUGCAGAAGCGGACAGUCCAGGAUUUUUUUCCUUUCCUUGUCCUAUUUGGUUAAUCUGCAAAAGCUCACUUUACCGGCGCACUCAUUAAGUCAUCGGUCGUCUGCAGACGCUUCCUUGCUAAAACUACACUUUUUUGGCGUCCUUAAUCCAAGUGUUGCUUCCUCCGAGGCGCAGCAGGACACCGUGGACUGAGCGGUCCUUCAUCCUUAUCGCGCUGCUGUCCGACUGGUGAUCUUUCCAAAAGAAAAAAAAAAAAGAAACAAAAAAAGACGAUUUCCAGCUAAAGACUGUGAAAAGCAGCAGGGGAAUACAAAAGGGAGCGGGAAGUCGGGGACCUGUGAUCCAGAGAGGACCGACACCACGGUCCAAGCCGACUCCAAGUGCCGUUCACCGGGCGAUGCCAGAGUAGAUGCCGGGGCAAUGUCCCGCCGCAAGCAGGUGAACCCGCAGCACUUAUCGUUGACGCACAGGGAGACAAUACAAGCAGAGGCCAAUCAUGACUCAGGGGCAGGAUCUCCAUCUCCUGAGCUGUCCACCCCGAGCCCUCGGAGGAGAGCAUCUGGAGAGCAUGACCUCUUGACCUGCGGCCAGUGCCAGACUAACUUCCCUCUGGGUGAUAUCCUGGUUUUCAUCGAGCACAAGCGCCGUCUGUGCCGGGGGCCCAUUGGCGGACUGGGGUCCUUCUCCAAACCUGGGGCAGCUGGCGGGGUUAUGGGCCUUCCCAUCUCUCCGAGGGCCAGGUCACUGGAGCUGGGAAGAGGGGCUGUUCCGGUGGAAGUGGGCGUCCAGGUGACCCCAGGAGGGGAGGAGGAUCAGGCGAGGAGGCUGACCCCAGCCAAAGGGAUCUGCCCGAAACAAGAGAGAGGAGAAAAAGAUGAGCCAUCCAGCUACAUCUGUACUACGUGUAAGCAGACCUUCACCAGUGCCUGGUUUCUGCUUCAGCACGCCCAGCACACCCAUGGCAUCCGCAUCUACCUGGACAACCACCCAGUCAACUGCUCCCUCACUCCCCGCAUGGCUCUUCCUCCACCCCCAGGAGCUGACGCCUUGCCCCGUUCCCCUCUCCCCACUUUCCUUGGUGAUGCCAGCAACCCAUUCCACCUCCUCCGCAUGGCUGGACCCCAGCUCAGGGAUCACCCCCAUCCUCCGGGUUACAUGGAGACGCGGCUGCCCGCGACACCGCCCUUUGUCAGCCCACCGCCUCCCCCAAGACCACCUCGUGAGCGGCUGGGCCCAGAGGAAAUGGGGCUGCUGUCACAGCACCCCAGUGCCUUCGAGAGGGUGAUGCGAAUGACCCCCAUGGAGCCCCCGCCCAUGGACUUCUCCCGUCGGCUGAGGGAACUGGCAGGCAACACAACCAACAACGGUGGACCCACGCCUCCUCUCUCACCCAACCGUGUGCCACCCAUGCAUCGCCUCCUGAGUCCCACGCUUUUCCAGCCCGGAUCCCAGCUCUCGCCGUUUCUUACCUAUCCCCCUCAGCCACCCACCUCUCAGGGGGGACACGGCUCUUCGAGCCCUCCUGACACACAGGGUCAGAACCAGGCCCCGGGGAAAUCGAAAUCCUGCGAGUUCUGUGGCAAGAUUUUCAAGUUCCAGAGCAACCUGAUCGUCCACAGACGCAGUCACACAGGUGAGAGGCCGUACAAGUGUCAUCUAUGUGAUCACGCCUGCUCUCAGGCCAGCAAGCUUAAAAGGCACAUGAAGACACAUAUGCACAACAAGUCUGGGGCCAUAACCGGCUCACCAGAACAGGGAAAUAGAGGGGAGGGGGGAGAGGGUGAAGAGAAGAAUAGGGAGGGAGAUGCAAGAGGAAUGGGGAUGGACAAUGAGGAGGAGGAGGAAGAAGAGGAAGAAGAAGAGGAGGAGGAAGAGGAAGAGGAGGAAGAACUGCAAAAUGGCAGUCGGCCAGAUUCCAACUUAAGCGAGGACUCCCAAGAGUUCACCCAGAACAGAGAAAAUGGCUCGAGACAGUCUCCCAGUGAGAAGCCCCCGAGUGGGGAUAGAGUAAACGACAGUGGCGGGGUGGGCAUCAUGCACCCCUACAACCAUCUGGACAAUCACCUUAGACUUAACCCUAACAAGCGAAGCUUGGAGAGACAACCUAACGGCGACGGCGGAGAGGGGGUUGAAGGAGAACGAGAACGAGAAAAUGAGAGGGAACCUGACAGACAGCGAGAGGAGCAGGAGGACCAGAGGCCUGUGAUGAAUGGCAGAAUCAGCGUAUCUGAAGCAGAGUGCUUUCCCGGGCUGUUCCAGAGGCGGCCCACCCCCAUCACCAGCCCGAGCCCCUCCAACAACAAGAGGAUCAAGAUCGAGAAAGAACAGCUGGAGAUUCCCCCGACCAUACCUCUCAUUUCCCCGGAAAACGUCUACUCUCAGCUGCUGGCUGGCUACGCUGCUUCGCGCCACUUCAUCAGAGAACCUUUCUUGGGAUUCACUGACUCCCGUCAGUCGCCGUUUGCCACCUCCUCGGAGCACUCCUCUUCAGAAACGGGAAGCCUCCGUUUCUCCACCCCACCUGGGGAGCUAAUGGAAGGCGGGAGUGCCUCAGGGCGCAGUGGCAGCAGCACCCCACACCUCCUGCGGGGACCCGGACCUGGCAGGCCUCCAAGCUCCAAAGAGAGGAGGAAUGACACCUGUGAGUUCUGCGGCAAGGUGUUCAAGAACUGCAGCAACCUGACGGUGCACCGACGCAGCCACACGGGGGAACGGCCCUACAAGUGUGACCUGUGCAGCUACGCCUGCGCCCAGAGCUCCAAGCUGACGCGCCAUAUGAAGACCCACGGGCAAUAUGGAAAAGAGGUAUACCGUUGCGACAUCUGCCACAUGCCCUUCAGUGUCUACAGCACACUGGAGAAACACAUGAAGAAAUGGCAUGGUGAACACUUGAUGGCCAGCGAGGUCAAAUUGGAGCAAGCAGACAGAAGUUAAGCCAGCAACCAUUAGUUACACAGCAUAGAGUGUACCCAAACACACACACACACACACACACACACACACACACACACACACACACACACAAAAUCCUUAUAACCACUUUCUGCAAUGGGGCUUGGCUGGAUAAUCUCUCUAGAAAAUGUUUUGAGAAUGAUUGAUGUUCAUCCUUUUUUCUUUCUUCUUUCUUUUCCUCGUCACAGAAACUGCCACCUGAGAAUAUAAACAAAGGGAAACUUUAAUGAGAACUUGCCUAGAAUGCCUAACUAGGUGUUUCUUGGCAAACCGUCUGAGGAUUUUAUCAGUUAGGAAUCCAUGGAGCCUUUCUACUGUGCAAUAAUUUCUGUAUUUAUUGGAUUUUUGUAAUGAUAUUUGGCAUGUGCAGGUACAUCUUUGUGGGAUUUCAUAUGGAGUUAGUUUUGAAAUGUGCUUAAAAAAAAUAGAAUUUUCUUUACAAAAAUGUGAUAAAAGAAGUCACCCUUAAUACAAAUUUUCAUUCUUUUUUCCUGUAAGGAAGCUUAUUAUCAAGUGAGAAUAAAUUUGUGUGAAGCAGAUAGCUUUUAAAAGUAAGAUAAAUAAAUAAAUAAUUGUUUUCUAUAUUAACUGCAGCAGCGGACUACAAUCCAUUCCCUUCGUACAGGCUCAAAGCACUGAAUGUCAGCCUGACAAUAAAACAAUAUGGCGGAUUUUUAAAAAAAUCCAGCAUUACCUUAGAGAUCUGGUGAGUUCCUAUUAAUUUAUUCAGGGAAUUAUUAUUAUUUUUUGUCCUUUUCAACAUUGGCAUGUGAAUAAUUUGAAAAUGCAGUUACUGUAUUGCUGUCCUUGCUUCACAAAGGACAUAAAUAAAGGUUGCACUUGAUGGAGAAACCCUUAACUGAUGCUCAGUACAUUCCCAGUGUAGGUUAAAACCACCAUAUUUAAUAUGUUGAAUAAAUUGAGACUACUUGUGAUUAAUGUGAGAAGGAGAACAGUCCUGUUUAUGGUUUGUAAAUAUAUUAUUUUUUUUUUAUAUAUGUAAAAGUAGCCCUGACUGACCAUGAAAUAUGGCCGAGACUAAACAAUCAGAAGACCAGCUGCUUGCGUCAUCCACAGUAUAUGCUAAAUGUAACUACCAUACAUUAUUGCUUUAUCAGACUGUCCGAGUACCCACGACCCCACCUGAUGUGUGCUUUACUUAAAGGUAAUUUGUUAAUCCAAACCUGCUUCAACACUCUCUAAAUCGUUCUCCAUCUCCCGCUCAUGUCUGGCACGGCGACUCUCUCUGACCCAGGUCGACUUCCUGUGUUCCCCUCACGGCGCACAAAAUGGUUUCAGAUGAAAUUCAUAUCAGUCCGUGUUGGGCGUGCGUUCUCCUCUCGGCGGCGCGCUCUAAGCCCUUCUCUGUGACGGCGUCUUUUCACAGUUCACUAGCUCAGAUUCGUGUAUUAGCGCUGCUUUUAAAGGGAAGCCUGUUCAUUCGCCUCACAAAGUGAUACGGGUUUAACUGUCAGUAACAGAUUUUGAGACAGUGUGCGAGUUCGUGUCUUCUGGGGAUUGGAGUUUUUAUUUUCUGCAUCGUUCAUUCUGAAAUGAAUCUGUAAUAUAUAUAUAUAUAUAAAGAGAGGCUGAAUGAGUUAUGAUAAUUUUGAGCACAGCUGCACUAAGGGAUGGCCGGCCGACCUUGAGUAGGGGGCUAUUCUCAGAGCAUAAAAUGAAAGAUUGGAACUGAGAAAUGGAGAUGCGAGAGAAAGAAAUGGAGGGAGAGAGAGCAAGACCUUGACCAGGGAGAAUAGUCAUUCAAAUGAAAUUGGGAGCAUAUGAAAAGUGUAUUUUUUUUUCUGUAACCAAAUGCACAUCUACUCGCCACAUCUUAUAACAGACCAUCAGAGUGAGACAGAGUGAGCGUGAGAGGGGAGGGAGACAGCAAAGCCACAUGAAAGGAGAUUGAGAAUACAUCUUUCAUUUUACUACUGCAAAUCUCAAUCAUCAAAAGCAUUGUCACUUGAAGAUUUGACCUCCCAUUUUGGCCUAUUUUCAGAUUUUAUCUGUGCCAUUUAGUUUUUUAAAGAAACUGAACUACGCGGUACCUUGAAUUCAAAGCGCUCUUUGUUUCUUUUAAUGAUUUUCGAAAAGGAACAAGCUGUCGAGCUCUUCAUAAGCUAUCCACUUACCUGCUAGUUUGACAUAUUUUAUCAAAUCGACUUGAAAAGCGAGACUGCCUGAAGAGCUACUUUCAGUUUGCUUACACGUGUUGACGCACGACUGCAAAAGAAUCAAGGUUCUGUCGAGAACGCGCACGUUCCCCCGAAAGCCCAGUUUCAGACUUAGGCCAAAGUGAGUGGUGCAACUGGAAGAGUGGAGCCCUCACAGUGUCCCAAACACACACACACACACAUGGACAUUCAGUCUUACAAUAUGUUUACAGUGUUGAAGUAUGCCAUUAAUGAAAUACUCUGUGUAAGUGUUUAAAAAUGAUAAUAAACUAUUGUUUUCCUCCAAUGUUUUCUCAAAUGAUUUGAAUGCCAUAGCAGUUUUUGUAUGAUUGUCCUGGUGGAGGGAUUUUAUCUACAUGAAUAUAUUUCUGUAUGAUUGCUUGUUCACUCUAUGAACAGAUUUUUUGGUUUGUUUUUUAAUGUAAUAUUGCAGAAUCAUGCCAGGUUAUCAUUUUUUUUCUAACAGUGGUGCCAUUAUUGACUUUUGGUAUCUUCAUCUUUUUAAGUAUUUUUUUUUUCACUUUUCUUUUUUUUAAAAUGAAUUUGCUGUUUUUAGGUGAAGCUAUGCUCCACGGGUGUAAAAUAAAAUGAUUUUCAAAAAUGAGAAAAACGAAUACAGUGGUUUUGUGCAGGAAUACUUUUAUCGAAUCAUUUUAUCAGACAUUCAUGGACUCCUUCUUCUUCUUCUUCUUUUUUUUGGUGUUUAUCCUCAUGGUUGGUUGAAGGUCUUGUGCUAGCACAUUAAAAUGUAAUUUUAAAUACAUUUUCAUAUUUCACUUUUCACAACUUUCACUUACACUCUUUGUACAAAAUAGUUUCCUUGUUCUCUUUUUUUGGGGCGAGGGUGGGGGGAGGGGGGGUGCAUCCUUGUGAAAAAAUAAGUGAUUUCAGAACAGUACACAUCUGCUGUUUUGAACAUAUAUGUAUUUUUGUAAUGUGUUGAAAAAUCAAUACAAGAAAGCCAACACUUCAAUAAAUGUUGCAAUUGCUCUAUGAUUGAAA